CUUUUCUACAGUAUAUUUUCCAACUUCAUCCUUCAACUGAUUGCUUUCUCUAAAUCUACUGGUAUUUUCUCAGUCCUAAUUCUUCUUGGUCUCUGUGCAGUUUUUGACAACACUGAUUAACUUCUUGAUGUGAUCUUCUUUCCAGAUUUUUGUGAUAUCACUCUCUUGGUUCUCUCCUAUGUCUUUGACUGCUCUUCCUCAGUCUUUUUUUUUUUUUUUCUGCAUCUUCAUCCAGGUCAUUCCUAUUAAAUAGGGGUGUCCCCCACAGCUUUCUCUAUACUGUCUUCUCCUCUAUUUCACUUGAUAUCAUCAUCUUCCAUGAUUAUUUCUAUUAUUUCUAUGUUAAUGAUUGUCACAUUUGUCCAGUCUUAACUUUCUGAUGAUUUCCGGUCUGCCAUCUCAGUUGUCUAUUGUUCAUCUUGAACUGAAUGUUCCAAAACUCUUAAAUCAAAACAUCCAAAACGGAACUCAUAUUUUCCCCCAAACCCUUUCUUCCUUACAGACUUUCUUAUUAUUGUCCAGGACACCAUAUUCCCAGUUACCCAUGCUUACAAUCUAAGUGUCGUUCUUUACCUUCCCGUCUUCCCUAAUAUCUAAUCAAUAGUCAGAUCUUGUCAUUUCUACCUUCAUGUCAUCUCUCACAUAGACUCUCUUUCUUCUUUAUAUCAUCAACACCUUGGUAUGGGCCUUUAUCACCAGAUAUCAGGAACAUUACAACAGCCUGCUAUUUGGUCUCCCUGCUUCAAUUUCCUCCCCCCAUUAUUUGUCAUGUUGUGCAAGAAAAACCACACUAAAAGGGAAGAAAUAAAUAAAAAGGUGAAAAUACUAUGCUUUGAUCCACAUUCAGUUCUUUCUCUGGAUGUGAUUGGCAUUUUCCAUCCCAAGUUUUAUUGGAGUUGACUUUAAUCACUGCAUUGUUAAGAAGAGCCAACUCCAUUAUUGUUCAUCAUACAAUCUUGUUAUUAUGUACAAUAUUCUCUUGGUUCUACUCACUUCAUUUAACAUCAGUUCAUGUAAUCUCUCCAGGCCUUUCUGCAAUCAACCUGUUCAUCAUUUCUUAUAGAACAAUACUAUUUCAUUACAUUCAUACACCAUAACUUAAUUCAGCAAUUGCCCAAUUGAUGGACAUCCACUCAGUUUCUAGUUUCUUACCACUACAAAAAGGGCUGCUAUAAACUUUUUAGCAUAUAUGGUCCUUUUCUCUUUUUUUUAAUUAUCUUUUUGGGAUACAGACCCAGUAGUGGAUCAAAGGAUAUGCACAGUUUUGUAUCCCUUUGGGCAUAGGCAGAAUUUAUUCUCCAGAAUAGUUAGAACAUUUCACAACUCGAUCAACAAUGCAUUAGUGUUCCUGUUUUCCCACAUCCCUUCUAACAUUUAUCAUUAACUUUUCCUGUCGUCUAACCAAUCUGAGAGGUGUGAAGUGGUACCUCAGAGUUGUCUUAAUUUUCAUUUCUCUAAUUAAUAAUGAUAUGUAGAACAUUUUUUCAUAUGACUAGAAAUGACUUGAAUUUCAUCAAUCUGAAAAUUGUUCAUAUACUUUGACCAUUUAUCAAUUGAGGAACGGGUAUGCUUAUAAAUUUGAGUCACUUCUCUAUGUAUUUUGAAAAUGAGCCCUUUAUCAGAAACAUUGUCUACCUCAAUUUUCUAUAUAUUCCAGUUCAUCUUCUGAAUGUAAAUCAUUCUUCCUAAAGAACAUGUUACAACACUAUUCAGUAAACCUUUCCCCUCCCCAAUGCUUCUCUAUCACCUCCUUGAUCAAAUAUAAAAUCCUCUGUUUGGCUUUUUGACUCUUCAUAAUUUGGCCCCCUCUCACCUUUUCAGUCUUCUUAAAUACCCACCUUUCCCUUUUAUACUCUACAAUUAGUAAAACUGGCUUCCUUGUUCUUUUGAAGUAUAUGACAGUACAUGUUUUGAUUCCAGAUAUUUUCACUGACUGUCCUCCACGCCUGGAAUUCUCUCCUUCCUCAUCUCUAUUUCCUGGUUUACUUUAAAUUUUACCUAAAGUUUCAUCUUUUACAAGAAGUCUUUUUUAAUUUUCCUCAUCCUUAAUAUUUUCCCUCUGGAACCAUCUCUAGUAUUGUCUGUACCUUUUUUUAUACAUAACUAUUUGCAUGCUGUCUUUCCCAUUAAAUUAUGAACUUGUUGAGAGUGGGCACUGUUUUUGAUAUUCAUUGUAUCCUCAGUGCUUAGACUAGUACUUGGCACAUAGUAGGUUCUUGAUAGUAGAUGCUUGAUUUGAAAUAGAUUUUUAUGGUCUAUUGUAGUGGAUUUUUUUUUAAGGUGUGGGUUGGACUAACUGACCAUUUGAGUUCUUUCUAUUUCUAUAAUUCUCUUAUUAUUAUCUGAUUUCUCUUAUGUCUGUAUGUGCCUAAUGUGUAUAGACAUUUCUACUUGGUUGUCUCAGUGACACUUGAAAAUCAUGGAACAAGGGAAAAUGAAAUAGUUACAAAUAUAUAUUUUUAAAUAAGAUUCCUCAAGAUAAGACGCCCUCCUCACAAUCUCUGACCCUAAUAUAGCAACUGCAAGGUGUAAUGAUAUAUUUCUCUUUUUUUUCCCUAGUAGGACCCGUUGGGGCACAGCCCCUGCUUAUGGUGCCCAGACGUCCUGGCUAUGGCACCAUGGGCAAACCCAUUAAGCUGCUGGCCAACUGCUUCCAGGUUGAAAUCCCAAAGAUUGAUGUCUAUCUCUAUGAGGUAGAUAUUAAACCAGACAAAUGUCCUAGGAGGGUAAACAGGGAAGUGGUUGACUCAAUGGUACAGCAUUUUAAGGUAACAAUAUUUGGAGACCGGAGACCAGUUUAUGAUGGGAAAAGGAGUCUUUACACAGCCAAUCCACUUCCUGUAGCAACUACUGGAGUAGAUUUGGAUGUUACAUUGCCUGGAGAAGGUGGAAAAGAUCGUCCUUUCAAGGUGUCAAUAAAAUUUGUUUCUCGGGUGAGCUGGCAUCUGCUGCAUGAAGUUCUGACAGGACGGGCUUUACCUGAACCUAUAGAACUAGACAAACCAAUCAGCACUAACCCUGUUCAUGCUGUCGAUGUGGUGCUACGACAUCUACCCUCCAUGAAAUAUACCCCUGUGGGCCGUUCCUUUUUUUCUGCUCCUGAAGGAUAUGAUCACCCUUUGGGAGGGGGCAGGGAAGUAUGGUUUGGAUUUCAUCAGUCUGUUAGACCUGCCAUGUGGAAAAUGAUGCUCAAUAUUGAUGUUUCUGCUACUGCCUUCUAUAAAGCACAACCUGUAAUUCAGUUCAUGUGUGAAGUCCUUGACAUUCAUAAUAUUGAUGAACAACCAAGACCUCUUACUGAUUCUCAUCGGGUAAAAUUCACUAAAGAAAUAAAGGGUCUGAAGGUUGAAGUGACUCAUUGUGGAACAAUGAGGCGGAAAUAUCGUGUUUGUAAUGUAACAAGGAGACCUGCCAGUCAUCAAACCUUUCCUUUACAGUUAGAAAAUGGUCAAACAGUAGAAAGGACAGUGGCACAAUAUUUUAGAGAGAAGUACAACCUCCAGCUAAAGUAUCCUCACCUUCCCUGUCUUCAAGUGGGACAGGAGCAGAAGCAUACUUACCUGCCUCUGGAAGUCUGUAAUAUUGUGGCAGGACAGCGAUGCAUUAAGAAGCUUACUGACAAUCAGACAUCCACCAUGAUCAAGGCAACUGCAAGAUCUGCUCCUGACAGACAAGAAGAAAUUAGCAGAUUGGUAAGAAGUGCAAAUUAUGAUGCUGACCCAUUUGUUCAGGAGUUUCAGUUUAAAGUUCGGGAUGAAAUGGCUCGUGUAACAGGACGUGUACUCCCUGCUCCUAUGCUGCAGUAUGGAGGACGGAAUCGAACAGUAGCAACUCCAAGCCAUGGAGUAUGGGACAUGAGAGGAAAACAGUUCCACACAGGGGUUGAGAUCAAAAUGUGGGCUAUAGCUUGUUUUGCAACUCAGAGACAGUGCCGAGAAGAAAUACUAAAGGGUUUCACAGACCAGCUCCGUAAAAUUUCCAAGGAUGCGGGGAUGCCCAUCCAGGGCCAGCCUUGUUUCUGCAAAUACGCUCAGGGUGCAGACAGUGUGGAGCCUAUGUUCCGCCAUCUUAAGAAUACCUACUCAGGACUGCAGCUCAUCAUUGUGAUCCUGCCUGGGAAGACACCUGUGUAUGCUGAAGUGAAGAGAGUAGGAGACACACUUUUGGGGAUGGCUACUCAAUGUGUUCAAGUGAAGAAUGUUAUAAAAACAUCUCCUCAAACGCUCUCAAACCUGUGCCUAAAGAUUAAUGUUAAACUAGGAGGCAUCAAUAAUAUCCUUGUACCUCAUCAAAGACCUUCUGUAUUCCAACAACCAGUGAUCUUUUUGGGAGCAGAUGUCACUCAUCCACCUGCUGGUGAUGGGAAGAAACCUUCAAUUGCUGCUGUUGUAGGCAGUAUGGAUGCCCACCCAAGCAGGUACUGUGCCACAGUAAGAGUUCAAAGACCCCGACAGGAGAUCAUCCAAGAUUUGGCCUCCAUGGUCAGGGAACUUCUCAUCCAGUUCUAUAAGUCAACUCGGUUCAAGCCCACUCGCAUCAUCUUUUAUCGGGAUGGUGUUUCUGAGGGCCAGUUUCGGCAGGUAUUAUAUUAUGAGCUACUAGCAAUUCGAGAAGCCUGCAUCAGCUUGGAGAAGGACUACCAGCCUGGUAUCACCUACAUUGUGGUGCAGAAACGCCACCAUACACGGUUGUUUUGUGCUGACAGAGCUGAAAGGGUUGGAAGAAGUGGAAACAUCCCAGCUGGAACAACAGUAGAUACAGAUAUUACUCACCCAUAUGAGUUUGAUUUUUACCUUUGUAGUCAUGCUGGAAUACAGGGUACUAGCCGCCCCUCACACUAUCAUGUUUUGUGGGAUGAUAACUGUUUUACUGCGGAUGAACUUCAACUGCUAACUUACCAACUCUGCCAUACGUAUGUGCGUUGUACUCGAUCUGUUUCAAUACCUGCACCAGCGUAUUAUGCUCACCUGGUUGCAUUCAGAGCCAGAUACCAUCUUGUGGACAAGGAACAUGACAGUGCUGAAGGAAGUCAUGUUUCAGGACAGAGCAAUGGUAGAGACCCACAAGCUCUUGCCAAGGCUGUACAGAUUCACCAAGACACCUUACGCACAAUGUACUUUGCUUAAAAAAAAUGGAGUCUAAGUAUAAGGAAAUAACUUAAAAUGAAUUCACAUACAAUGUAUGUUUGCAGUGGGGUCAGUUGACUUGGCAUGCAUGCCUCCAGCCAUAAGGAGUCCUGCCUUGUGGAGGGGCCAGGGCUGAUCCUCACCUUGCCGCACGGAACCCUGUUUACUUCAUCGAGGAACACAGCACUAUUACGCAAUACGAAACCAGCCAACUGCUUUUUGUGCGGUCUCCCCUAGGAAGCAUCACAGUCCAUUGUUUUCUUGUAGUUAAACCCUUCUAAUGCCUUUACCUCAAGUUGCUUGGCAGCACAGCUAUCUUUGCAAAAAAGAAAAAAAGAAAAGAAAAUUAUGGUUUAACAAACAUACACCUACAGGAAUAAUCAAAACAAUUGUUCAAAAGAAGGGUGCAAAAGUUAACAUGUGUAUACAUGUAAAGUGUCCAUGUGUGUAUUUCAAAAAUAUGCACAUGCAUACUUCGCAUAUGUAUGUGUGUAUGUGGUGGGUGGGGGUGUCUGUGUGUUUUUGUAUGUCUGUGUGUGUAUAUCUGCAUAGAUAAUAGAUAUAUGGCUAUGUAUAUAUUUUUAUACCCUAUCCCAUUGGAGAACAUUCUCUUUCCUUUUUGCUCAUCAAUGUCCCUUUUCCUUUUUCCUUUUCUCCACCUCAUCAACCUCAGUCCCUUUUUUCUGCCUAAUGCUACCAGGGACAUUUGCAAAAACUCUUCCUCUCUGGUAUAUUUGAAUAUGUAGCAUUGGCUGACUAGAUUUUUAUUUUUGCACACCCUCACAGUUAGUUUAGCCAGUUGCUAUCUUCAUGUCUUAACAAAGCUCUGAGUUCUCAGCUCUAGAAAUCAUUUUCAUGAGGGGAAAAUGCUUAUCUAUUGACAUGUAUGCAUUGAGCAUGUGUGUGGAGAUAUAUAUAUAUAUAUAUAUCUCCACACACAUUCACACAAAUGCAGACUUUGUGUUUGUUGACUUGCAAGAGGUGCACAUGUAAGCAGUAAUAGUAGUAGUAACCUAAAUUAUUUUAGCUGGUUUUUUUUUUAACUUGUUAGAAGUUUUCACUGUUUUUCUCUGGUAAGCAAUAUGGAUUUUAAAGCCUCUUGCAUUUUACAAAUUGAUUACAGAAAGGGGGUACGUAUUUGAAGUAAUUGGAAAUCCAGAGUUGGAGGUCUCCCUGAAGUAUGAGGCUGGAAGAUGCAUUUGUUUUGCUAAUUUACUUGCUGCCUCUCUUACCUUAAUGUGACUUUCAUAUAUAUGUGUAUAUAUAUAUAUAUACAUGCAUAAAUAUAAAUGUGUAUUUAUAUUUAUACACACACACAUACAUACACAUAUAUACACACACACACAUAUUGUAUAUGUGUAUGCGUAUAUAUGUAUAUAUAAACAUAUGUAUGUCUUGAAGUUUAGCUUCCUUUCUUUGGUAUUUAUUAGAGUAAUAAUGCUUUAAUUUAAUAAUUAUAGAUCAUAUUGGCCACAUUGUUUUUAGAAAUGUAAUCAUGUUUAUUUUACGAACUGACGCCUUGUUUUUGCUAUCUUGUAGUGCAAUAAGCUGUUCUAAAGGAAA